ACAAAUUGAGUUGUCACCAGUAACACACAUUUUGAGCUGUCACCAGUAACCCACAGUUUGAGCUGUCACCAGUAAAACACAAAUUGAGUUGUCACCAGUAACACACAUUUUGAGCUGUCACCAGUAACCCACAGUUUGAGUUGUUAAAACAUGUGGACCGUCAGACGUCUCUACAGGACAGUAACAAAAACCGCCUCCUCCCUGGUUGCCCUGGUCACCUUACUGGGGACCAUCAUCCUGGUCAACAUACUCAUGGCUUUUAUGCUGCAUUCAAAAUCAUCCGACCAGAUACUCAAACUCUCAGAUCUCGUAAGUACGCAUCUCCGUGCGAAAGAACUGACGCCCAAUAUUUCAACUGUAAAGUUGAGCAUUGCUAGGGACUAUCAAAUCUAUUCAGCGGACGGGUCAACACAUGCCGAAGUCAGAGUGAAUAGGACGCGUGUGUUUCUAAAGGGCGAUAGUCCAUCUCGGAUGUCCGAGAGAGUCGGUAUCACCGUUGAAGAAUUUCGAGCCGGCGCCAAGACGGGUAACCCACUCAUUGACAACUACGGACACAGCAACAGGAGUGAGAGAGGGGAGAUGGGGAGACGCGUCAUUCUGACCCCAGAGGAGGAAGAGCGAGCCAAGGACGCCAUGGAGAAAUUUAAUGUCAACACACUGGCGAGUGACGCGGUACCGCUCAACAGAAUGGUCCCCGACUCCAGGAUUCGUGGGUAGGUUGAGAAACUUGCUUUAACGCGCAAAUUAAUUAAAUUCUUUCGUUGUGAGUUAUUAGGUUUUUAAAAAAAAAUAUUACCCCUUUUAUUGUUUGUUCUAUGACAAUUGUCAAAUGUUGUUUCAUUAAAAUAUUAUGGCACACUUGAAACAAAAAAUAAUUUGUGAGGUUUAGAAUAUUUUCUAUUUUAAAUGUGAUACAAAAUGUGGCUAGUGAGGAGGAAAAAUAUGGCAACAAUCACGAUUAUCUGAAUACAUUUCGAACAAUCUUUGGUGACGAUGACAAAAUAUCUUUGAAGCAAUAAAGAUUAAAAAGCAGAUUUUAAGACAGUGUAUUAAAUGUUGCGUGCUUCCAUUGAUCGCACUCCAACUCUCUCUCUCUUUCCCUCUCUGCCAUUCUUCCAUUGACUCAUUUAGUCUUAAAUGAAGGGAAGGAGAGAGAGAGAGAGAGAGAGAGAAACAGAGAAUGAUUGAUGGAUGGAUUGAGGGGGAGAGAGAGAGAGAGAGGGAGAGCGAGAGAGAGAAACAUAGAAUGAUGGAUGGAUGGAUUGAGAGGGAGAGAGAGAGAGGGAGAGAGAGAGAGAGAGAGAGAGAGAGAAACAGACAAUGAGGGAUAGAGGGAGUGAGAGGGAGAGAGAGAGAGAGAGAGAGAGAGAGAGAGAGAGACAGAGAGAGAGGGGAGAGAGAGAUGGGGGAGAGAGAGAGAGAGAGAGAGAGAGAGAGAGAGAAAAAGAGAGAGAUAGAUGGAGGGAGUGAGAGGGAGAGAGAGAGAGGGAGAGAGAGAGAGAGAGAGAGAGAGAGAAACAGACAAAGAUGGAUAGAUGGAGUGAGAGGGAGAGAGAGAGAGAGAGAGAGAGAGGGAGAGAGAGACAAAGAGAGAGGGGAGAGAGAGACUGGGUGAUAUGCUAGCCCGCCCUCCCCCAUUCAUUUUAAAUUUAAAGUUAUGUUUUGUGUUAUGUUUUAUAAAUUACAUAAACAUUUAGUUUAACUGUUGAAUUUACCAACUCGACCAUCCUAUCUCAUAUGCCUUUCCACGACCAAAUCGCUGUCCUCCAGCUGUCAUCUCUCUAUCUCUGUUGACCCUGAUUUCAGCUGUGACAAACUCCGUUACAUCACCGACGAUCUCCCUACAGCCUCCAUCAUCAUACCUUUCUACGACGAGUGGCCGUCUCUGCUCCUGCGGAGCGUGUACAGCAUCAUCAACAGGACACCGCGAAGACUCGUCCAUGAAAUCCUACUGGUAGAUGAUGCCAGCACACUAGGUCAGAUUGAUGUGGAUUUGCAUUACGUAUUUAAACAAGCCCCAAAACCAUUAUGAAAUGUAAUUUCGAGCAAAUGUAUUUAAUUUUUGGGGGCAUGAGGGAUGCUGAAAAUUUGAAAUAGUGUGUUGUCAUCGGCAACGAGUCUAUGUGCCAAGCUUCAGCUCGAUAAGUUGACGGAAAGUGGGUCGAUUAGCACUGCAAAAUUUUCCCAGCAACGAAAAAAUCAAAAAAGUUAAUGUAAAGGAUUUUUAAAAAAAAUUGAUUUCAUAGUUGAUAUUUUAACUUUUUUAAUAAUAGAAAGUUGACAAAUAUUGUGUCGCUAAACAUGUUAUUUAUUCCGUUAAUAUGAAAUAGUCAUAGCUUUAACGUAUUAAUUCGAAGUUUAAAAGUAUGAUACACAUUUUUAAAAAAAUUUUUGCUUCUAAGAUCAUUUUUACAAUGCGUUGUACAGUAAAUAUAUCCAAAAAAUCUAAGUUAUUCAUUGAGUUGUAGCAAAGCUUACUCACAUCUCGCGGAUGGAACAAAUAUUUUGUUACAUGAUAAACCCAAUCCUAAGUUUCCAGAACAGCUGCACGAGCCACUGGAGAACUACGUCACACACAACUUCCCCCAGGGACUUGUUCGUCUGGUGCGUAACUCAGAACGAGUGGGACUCACCAAGUCACGCAUGCGUGGCAGCGCUGAGGCCAAAGGCGAUGUGCUGGUCUUCUUCGACAGUCAUAUGGAAGUCAACAUUGAGUGGUAAAUACAUACUUCAUAAAUACUUCAUAAUUUAGUGUGGGCUUUAAAAAAUAACAUUUUAUUGCAGAGUUUAGACACAAAUAUUUAGAAAGGUGAAAUAGCUCAAAUCACCAGCAUGUCAUCUUUGUUAAAAUUCCAGGCUAGAGCCCUUGUUGACGGAAAUUGCUAAAAACAGUUCGGUGGUCGCCAUGGCAACCCUGGACUACGUGCAGCCCAAUACUCUCUAUUACAAAUACAAUGACAACUACCUCACACGAUACGGCUGGAACUGGAGGCUGAUAUUCUUUGAAACCUUCUUUAGAGAUGAUCAAGUAGGAGGCGAUCCCAGGAAACCAAGAGAGUGAGUUGGUGGUUGUGUGUGUGAUGAGUUGGGCGUUGUGUGUGUGGUGAGUUGGUGGUUGUGUGAGUGGUGAGUUGGUGGUUGUGUGUGUGGUGACUUGGUGGUUGUGUGUGUGGUGACUUGGUGGUUGUGUGUGUGGUGAGUUGGUGGUUGUGUGUGUGGUGACUUGGUGGUUGUGUGUGUGGUGACUUGGUGGUUGUGUGUGUGUUGAGUUGGUGGUUGUGUGUGUGGUGAGUUGGUGGUUGUGUGUGUGGUGACUUGGUGGUUGUGUGUGUGGUGAGUUGGUGGUUGUGUGUGUAGUGACUUGGUGGUUGUGUGUGUGUUGAGUUGGUGGUUGUGUGUGUGGCGAGUUGGUGGUUGUGUGUGUAGUGACUUGGUGGUUGUGUGUGUGUUGACUUGGUGGUUGUGUGUGUGGUGAGUUGGUGGUUGUGUGUGAAGUGACUUGGUGGUUGUGUGUGUGAUAACUUGGUGGUUGUGUGUGGGGUGAGUUGGUGGUUGUGUGUGUGUUGAGUUGGUGGUUGUGUGUGUGGUGAGUUGGGCGUUGUGUGUGUGUUGAGUUGGUGGUUGUGUGUGUGGUGAGUUGGUGGUUGUGUGUGUUGUGAGUUGGUGGUUGUGUGUGUGGUGAGUUGCAGGUUGUGUGUAUGGUGAGUUGGUGGUUUGGUGGUUGUGUGUGUGGUGAGUUGGUGGUUGUGUGUGUGGUGAGUUGGUGGUUGUGUGUGUGGUGAGUUGGUGGUUGUGUGUGUGGUGAGUUGGUGGUUGUGUGUGUUGUGAGUUGGUGGUUGUGUGUGUGGUGAGUUGCAGGUUGUGUGUAUGGUGAGUUGGUGGUUGUGUGUGUAGUGACUUGGUGGUUGUGUGUGUGGUGACUUGGUGGUUGUGUGUGGUGAGUUGCAGGUUGUGUGUAUGGUGAGUUGGUGGUUGUGUGUGUAGUGACUUGGUGGUUGUGUGUGUGGUGACUUGGUGGUUGUGUGUGGUGAGUUGGUGGUUGUGAGUGUGGUAAGUUGGUGAUUGUGUGUGUGGUGAGUUGGUGGUUCUGUAUGUGGUGAGUUGGUGGUUGUGUAUGUAGUGAGUUGGUGGUUGUGUGUGGUGAGUAGGGGGUUGUAUGUGUGGUUAAGUUGGUGGUUGUGUGUGUGUGGUGAGUUGGUGGUUGUAUGUGGGAAUAUUUGGUUCUUGUAUGUGUAUUCAGCUGGUUGCUUGUAUGUUUUCAGUGGUGGAUUAUUUGGGAGGGGGGGGGAUAAUUCCUUCGAAGCAAUUCUAGCCUAGAGUUUUUUAUUUCGUUGAAAGAAGUUAUAGGAGCAAGAAUGAUCAAUCCAUUGAUUGUGGGCCCUCAAAAUAUAGAAGAAGAAGAUAACUAUUAUUGAGAUACUUUGCAGUUUCCGUGUUCUUCAAUUGCAAGUGUAGAUGUUUAUGAAUAUAAAAUGUCAACUACUAAUAAUAAUAGGCCAUCACUGAAAUCAACGAAUGAAAUAUCUCCAGCGAUAUUACACUAGAGUUUCAAAUAAGACGAACAGCUCCCAACUGGUAUUAUAAAGCAUUUUUGAUAAAUUAGUUUGAAAAACGUAUGUGACAUUUUUGUAAAAUCUUCGGACAAAAAUUACAACUUCUUCCGCCAUAGAAAACACCAAAAUGCAAGCCAGAGUCGGGAUGAUUAUCCACAAGGAAUGGCAUCAGUUACCCGAGCAGGAGCUCUUAUGGAUGCUCUGGGAAUCCUUAUUCGCCAACCCUCACCUCAGAGAGGAGUAGCCGUGAAGCAGCACCCCCGAGACAUUUGUUAACCCAGUGAUAAAUCACCCCGCUACCCCAGAAACACCAACGGAGAAACUCCAUAAUAAUCCAUCGUGUUUAUCGCUAGUUAUAUAACCUUAAAUGUUUGUCACUUUAAAUAACUUGAACGAUAUUUGUAUCUGUUCAUAUGUUUUUCUUUCGCUUUUUUUUAGAACCAAUAAAUCUAUAUUUCUCAAGACCUCGUUUCCUGUAAUCUAAUUAAAUUUAAAUCUUACAGCCACACAAGCAUCCGACAGAAACCGUAACAAGGGCAUGAUAACAAAAUUGACAAGGACAUGACAACAACCUUUACAAAGAUCUGACAAUAAUCUGUCCUCUGCGAUGGCAAUCCACAUUCACCGUCAGUGUUGAGCUACUCGUUCUUCGCUGCACGUUUCAAACCCUGGAAUAAUCCACCAAAACUAAUCGUAAAGCGGGCAAACUGUCAUCCUUGUUCAAAAUUAGUCUUCAGUUCAUUAAGACCAUUUCCCCCCUGUGAUAUUGAGUCUAGUACAAAUUAAUCUUUACAUUUCGUUUCUAUAGAGGUGCUUCCAUGGUCGGAGCAGCUUUCGCCAUCGACAGGAAGUACUUUUCACACCUAGGCGGAUAUGACGACAAGAUGACGGUGUGGGGAGGAGAGAACUUAGAGAUGUCAUGGAGAGU